GGAGGAGUUCGAGCCCCGAGGUCAGCCAAGCCUUUCCUCGCCUAGCGUUCUGCCACAAUGGACGCGCUGAUACUCAAGACAGACUUUAACCACAAUGAUGAGGAGAAACAUGAGAACUUUAGGGAUGCCAUGGAUGAGUGGUCAUCUAGUCACAUGGAGGAGUCAGGCUUGAAAGAUCUGGUGAAGGGGCUGAAUGCUCUCGCUGACCGACUGACUGGCAAGGACAUUCCUGAUCUCGGCUCUGAGGGUUGGGAGCAAGCCGAGUAUGCCUUUAAUGAGAUCAACAACAUUGCAAUCCACAAUAUCUCUCGAGAAGCGGUACAGGCCAGUGAGUUCCACGAACCAUACUACAACUUUAUCCUUCGCUAUAUGGAAUUUGGGCCCGGCACUAUUCACAUGCGCAUUAUCUCAGAGUGCCUUGAGGACAGUUACUUGGAACUUAACACCUAUCUGAAGUCUCUCAAAGGACAAAAACUUAACAGGCUUUUGGCAGCUCUAACCAAAGACAUUAGGCCAAAAGAGAUGGUGGGCAAGUCAGAAUUUGCAGAAAAAUAUGAUCAGUACAUAUCACAGUUUGAACGAGAAGUUUUUACAUCAGAGAUGAUCCAGGAAAACCUCAAAGUGUUUUUAGACUUCUACACCCAUCUGAGCCUGGACUUCCUCGAUGAAGAGGAAGAUGCCUGUGAGACGAUGGGCAGUUUGGGAGAGCAGAUCUAUCGUGCUUUGGAUGACCCAUGGGAAAAAUUCAAAGACAUCCCAGUUAUCAAGUUGUACUUCCAACGGCUGACUACGCUCUUCAAAUCACCAAACUUUCCCUCACAUGAAAGAGCUCUUAGGGUUGUGAAAGAGUACACUAGUAACAUCUGCCCCAGUCUCGGCACACAAGGUCUGGUGUUAGAGCUGUAUGAAGACAUCAUUGAUCUUGCUGUAGCCGUUUCUCACUGCUCCUUCAGUGAUAAGGACCUCUUGGUUAGGAUAUUCAACUCCUGCGUGGACUUUUUCAGAAAACUUGAGGAUCAGCACAUUGCAAAGAAACCAGAUGUAUUCAAGGCUGUAGCCAAGAAGUACACGGAAGCAAUAGAAAAACUAGACUUCCAGUUCCUGUCUGAAGAAAAUUUCGCGGACAAGAUAGCGGAUGACGUUUUGAGAAAAGCAUAUGCAAAGAACAAAACACUUGAUGGCCUUUGGGUGAGUCUGAUAGUGCCUCUUUUGAAACGGCCAUGCAUCGAGACAAUGCGUGCCUGUCAAACAAUAGUCUCUGAAAGUGACACAGUCAAGUGGAAGGAACACCCUGAAACCGCCAGAGAGUUGUUUGAUGUGAUUGCCUCUCUGCACCUCCCAGAAAAAUAUAAAGAUGACGAGAAUAAGAAAGAGCGAUAUCUCAAGACAGUUAUUAGCAUCACCAAGGCUUUCCUAGAGGGGCUCAAGAAAGCUAAAAUGCUCAAAGAAUAUGGAGAAAAGAUGUUGUCCCUGGUUCUUACAUGCAUCGAAAUGAAUGACGUCCUCAUGUUUGAACUUGGGGAAGAGAUUGGGGACAGAACAGAGCUCAACAUAAAGGAAAGCAAAAAAGCCAUCAUGGAUGCAAUGAAAAGAUUCCUUGCUAUUAUCAAGAGUGAGGAAUAUCCUUGGGAGGAGGAGUGGGAUCUUCAGAGAGCUGCAGAGAAGGUGGUGGACUGUGUUGUUGGACCUGUCAAGGAUACGAAGACAUACACCAUUGAAGAGAUUAAGGUAUUUUUGUCUGUGUGCGAAGCAUGCCAAGAGUAUGACCCCAUUGCUGCCGACUCAGGAAAAUUUCCAUCUGCCCGAGGACUCAUAUACAUGAAAACUAUGAAUGGAGUAAUUGAAUGGCUGAAACCCGUGGAUAGAUAUGAUCUCCUGUCCAAGCUUUUUCCUGGCAUGCUGAAAUCUUUUGAGGAGAACGAUGAAGUGUUCACUAUGAUCAAUUCAAAAUAUUUUACGGAUUUUGGAGAGGUCAAGUCUGGUCAAGUUAUUGCUGCCCCUCAUCUUGGACAAAUAAUCCAGAUAUACCUGGAUCAGGACUGUGAACCUCUGAUCCGAGCAAUUACGGCCAUCUACCCAUCCAACCCGAAGGCACUGACACUUCACUACUCACAGCUGAUGUCACAGAUGCUGGACAGUGGAGACACCUCGAAGGUCACGAAUCUGGCCUUGCUGUUCCACAUAGCUUCAAAAAUGCAGCCAGAUAUUUUCAUAGAAAAAGACAUGGGUGCUAUACUGGUGAAGUCUAAAGAAGACAUGGGCAACCAAGUGACAUUGCUGCAAAUAUUGGAAGAACUGUGUAAGCGACGUCCAGAGGCCAUGGUCAAACACAUAGAUAAGUUAAUGGACACCUCAGGACUGAACCCGAUGCUGUCUUCCUGGAUCAACAACAUGAUCAGCUCUUUGGCUCUUCACGAUAAGAAAGUUGCCCCCAAGGCCCUGGACUUUCUCUUUAAAAGUGUCAGGACAAACCAGGACAAGGCAAAUCUACUGACCUCUUUGAAUGCAGCUCGUAUCAUCGGCUUCAAGUAUCCAGACUUACUGAAGCCACGUCGGUCUGAGGUGGAGAAUCUGCAGAUUGCUGAUGCUGAUGGUCAAAGCUUGCAGCAAACCAUACUGGAUAUGAUUGACGGAAAAACCCCUGAUGACUUACGCAAGCAACUGGAAGGCCAACAGGAUGAACUGAAUGACCUCGUAGGCAGAGUGGAAGAAACAGAAGACGCCAUUGCCGAAGUCCGCAGUGACGUUGAUCGACAAGGACAGGAACUGGAUACUGUAAAAAAUGAGGUCAAUGAACAGGGUCAAAAGUUAGACCAGGUUGAGGAGACAGUAGAGGAGACAGUAGCCAAAGUGGAAGAGAUUGACCAAAAGACGCUAAGCCAUGCUCCAUAUUGGUCACGUGAUGUGUCCAAGUUGUUGAACCCUGAGUCUGAGCAUGACUGGCGUCUGCUAAGCUCUCGACUGGGCUAUAGCAAUGAUGACAUCAGAAGCUGGGCCCAGCAGGCAGACCCAUGUAUGGCAAUGCUCAAUGAAUGGUAUGCCACUCGCAAAACUAGUGAGGCAAGCUUUGCCAUCCUGACACAACUGCAAGAAAUGAACAGGAUGGAUGCAGCUAUCAUUGUGGAGAACGCUAUGAAAAAUGCUGAGGCGGUGGUGGAAGACGAGGACUUUGAGUACGCCUCCCCUCCCCCCAUCUUCAUCAGCUACCAGUGGGGUCACCAGGAGGAAGUGAAACUACUCAAACAGCACCUGGAGAUGGCGGGCUAUGAGUGCUGGCUGGACAUCGGUCAGAUGGGUGGAGGAGACAAACUGUUCGAAAAGAUUGACAACGGUAUUCGGGCCGCCAAAGUUGUCAUCAGUUGUGUAACAGAAAAAUACGCCAAAUCACCAAACUGUAAUAGGGAGGUGAACCUAUCUGUUGGCCUAAACAAAUCUCUGAUCCCACUACUGAUGGAGAAGUGCGUGUGGCCACCUCCUGGCUCCAUGGGUCCCAUCUUCUCCGAGUUCCUGUUCAUUCGUUUCUAUCAGCGGGCGGGAGAGGAACUAGAUGACCAGCGCUACUGGCCAGGGGACAAGUUUCAGGAACUUCUCAUGCAGCUCUCUAUGCUUGGUCUGCCCCCCGAUGAGGGAAAGAUACAGCCUGUGUACCGAAACUGGUGGAUGCCAAAAGUGGAAGAAAUCAAGAUUGACAAGAGCAAGACACGUGGCGGAGGCAAAGGUUCUCAGAAGCAACAAGAAGAACUCGAUAAACAGGCAGCCGAGUCCCCAGACGUGUUCAUCUCCUACCAGUGGGGAAAACAGCCAAAUAUCAUCAAGCUCUAUGAGCGACUCACCUCCUUGGGCUUCACCUGCUGGCUGGACAUCAAACAGAUGGGUGGUGGCGACUCCCUUUACGACAAGAUUGACCGUGGUGUACGCGGCAGUAGAGUGGUCCUAUCGUGUGUGACCCAGAAAUAUUCUCUGUCCGCCAACUGCCGGAGAGAGGUCAGUCUGGCAGACGCGCUCAAGAAACCGCUGGUUCCACUUCUCCUGGAGAAGAUGACGUGGCCGCCAGCUGGACCAAUGAGCAUGGUCAUGACGCAACUGCUCUAUAUCGAUUUUGCACAGGAAAAGGCUCAGACAGAAUGGAGUGGUCCAAAGUUCCAAGAGCUUCUAGACAAGAUCAACGAGCAUGCUCCAGAACUGGCAGCCAAAACAGAAGAGAAGAAGGAAACAACAUCAGAAAGUGACAAGAAACCAGGCCCUACGUCAUCAGACACGGGUAAAUCAGUGCAAUUUAAAUCAGGCAAGAGGGAGCCAAGUCAUGAAAGUAUUGAUAAUAAAAGUCAAAAACGAGAAUUUGAACCUGAACCUGCCAAUAAAGCUUUAAAAAGUGACCAGAAAGUAGUGGUUGAACCAGUUCAGUCUAAAUUGGAUAAUGAGGACUCAAGUAAAAAAAGCAGUAAAGAACAAAGAGAGAAAGAAAACAUUGUACCCUUUGGUAAAGUGCCUGAGAAAGAGGAAAGGAUGACUGUAGAAGAAAAGUCAGCAACUCCUGCUGCAGCAUCCGUCAGAAGGACAACGGUGAAGACCAAGCAGCAGAAGCCUCAUGAACCUUCCCCUCCACCAUCUCGGCAAAAACUAGUAGAGUCUCACCCUCCUCCAUCUCAACAAAAACCUGAAAGACCCCGCCCUCCACCAUCUCAACGAAAACAGGAAAAACCCCGCCCUCCGCCAUCACAGCAAAAACAAGAAGGGGGACUCCGCCCCCCUCCAUCUCAGCAAAAGUCAAAUAGUAAACACACACAACGUCCAAUCUCUCAGCAAUCCUCCUCUUCUCAACUGUCAAAAACGUCAUCUGGAACUGCUGCAAGGUCGAACAAAACUGAAUCCAAAACUUCUGAGAAUGGGAAAGGAGCAAUACGUCCUCCCCCUUCGCAGCAGUCAUCUCAGGGUGGACCAUGGUCACGCCCAUCUGCAGUUUUCCAGUCAGGUCAAUCUCGCCCUCCACCACAGAAAGCACGUUCAGUGAGCCCCAGGAAAGCAACAGAAGCAAAAAGUUCACCUCAGAGUAAACCGGCUUCAGGCAAAAACCAGGAAAGAUCUGAACAGACACCUUCACCUGAGAAGAAGGACAUUUCUUCACCUUCAAAACAAGAAAGAUCACCUUCACCCCAAAAGCCUUCAAAGCCUCCCAAAAGUUCUUCUUGCACCACUUUGUGAACUAUUUUCUUUCUUUUAAGAUAAAAGAACCUUCACACUAUACCAAUAAUGAUGUGAGGAAAUUUUUAGUGUGAAUGAACACUUUUAAUGUACCCUUAUUGAUUAUUUCUGCAGUGAUAGCUUUGGUUUUGUUAUCUUUAUAUAAUUUUGAAAGCCAGACACUUGAUCCAGCUAUUUGAAGUAAGGGAAAAAGAUAAAGUAAGUAAGUGUCAUUCAUUUACAUGUGGGUACAGAUAUUUGUUGAUGUUAAUAACCCCAAGAAAUGACGCAGCUGCUUAUAUUCAGCGGGGCUGUAAUAUAAUCUUAUCGCUACCCAAGUUGCCCACUAAAAUUCAUUGCUAUGGUUUUCCAAUUUCAUGACAGCAUGAAAACCAGUUUCAAGAGCAAUGGAUGUGAGACAAAUGGAUUGUAGCACGUCUGUGUGUUGGCAUCAACACUUUUCAGCAUAACGUUCUUAGCGGUGAUAUUUGAUGCCUUCCAGAGCUCCCAUGCUGGCGUUGAUAUCAGGCACAGACUGGGUGGUAAAGUUUUCAAUUCCCAUAGGCCGCAAGCAAAAACAAAAACUAGCUUGAUUCCUGUCUGUGAACUGCUAUUUGCUGAUGACUAUGCAUUGCUUGCUCAUGAAGAAUCCAGCAUGCAAAACUGUGUUGAUCUUUUUUAACAUGCAUGUGAGAACUUAGGACUGACAAUAAGCACAAUAAAGAUGGAAGACCUCUUCCAGCCUGUC